AUGCAGACUUCUUCUACAAACAUUUGUGAAAGACUGUGCAAAAAGUCUAUCUGUUAAAUUUCCUUGCUACUAAAAAUUCCACUGUCAACUGUUAGUGGUAUUAUAACAAAGUGGAAGCAACUGGGAGCAACAGCAACUCAGCCAUGAAGUGGUAGGCCACGUAAAAUGACAGAGUGGGGUCAGUGCAUGCUGAAGCGCACAGUGUGCAGAAGUUGCCAACUGUCUGCAAAGUCAAUAGCUAAAGACCUACAGACUUUGUGUGGCCUUCAGAUUAGCACAACACUUCAAAGAGAGCUUCAUGGAAUGGGUUUCCAUGGCCAAGCAGCUGCAUCCAUGCCUUACAUCUCCAAGUGCAAUGCAAAAUGUCGGGUGCACUGGUGUAAAGCAUGCCACCACUGGACUCUA